GGAAGUUACAAGUACGUGUCUCUCCUAGCAACAAGAAGCGUCUGUGGAUUUUAUUAUUAUUUUCGGACAGAUAACUAGAAGCAAAAAUAAGAUACAAAAAUGGGGGACAGUGAACCACCAUCAAUACGUCCACCAGAGACUAUAACAAUUACAGUUCUGCGAGCAAGGAACCUGAAAGGUUCAAGUACCAAAGCAGAUGCUGUAAAUGCUAUGGUAAAAGUUGAGUUUGGCGAGAAGGGUCUCGGUGAAUCCCCAAAGGUAGACUGCACGGCUGAUACUCCUGCAGAGUUUAACUACAAUGCCACCAUGAGUUGUACAUAUGAUGAUCCAACAGCAUUGGACGAGAUUGCUCAUAAACCUGUUGUCUUGACUGUCAUAGAAGUUCUUCCCAAAGAGAAGAAACAAAAGGAAGAGAAGACUGUCCAACUUGGACAAUGUACUGUUGAUAUGUUACCUCUGGUCAAAGGAGAGACAAAGCACCGUUAUACUCUUGUAGUCAAUCCCCUGCCAGGAUCACCUUUAGAGACUAUUCCACCAGAAGCUCCAAGGCCUGAGGUGGAUGUGAUGCUAUCAGUCAAUGAACCAUUGGUAGAUAAUUCCCAACUGGAUGCAGGUAACUUGAUGACAAUCACAGUAGAAAGCCUCUUCUCUCCACCAGAAUCCUGGACCUUGACUGGUGCCCAGUAUGCCUACGCUGCUGCCCUUCCAGUUCCAGUGACCUCGGAGAAAGAAACACCAAUUGUGUUUGCAAAUGGUGCACUGAAACCUGGUAUAGAUAAGGAGGUCCCAAAUAAACAGAAGAAAUGGGCUGUUCCAGCCACUGCUCAGGCUAAUGCUAUUUAUAUGCCAGAUCAAUUUAUUGCACAAGAUGCUAUAGAAGAUGAGGAUGGGGAUUUUCGGGGAAAAGAUGACAGAGAACACAGAACGGUGGCAGAACAGGAGAAAAAUAGGUGCACCUGGAAUACAGAACGGAGGUCAUACCUCGAGGGCAGUGCUGUAAAGAGUUUCCAGGAUAAGAUUGCCAAGUGUCGUUACUGGCCGUUAGAAGUAAUGAGACUGCCUCAACCAGCCAGUGGCAAGGGAAAGAAGAAGCAAGAUGAGCAGGCAGAUACAAAGAAAGGGAGUGGGGCUGUCAAGGAUGAUGAGGGAUCAGUAAGUUUCCAUGGUGUUGCCUUUGUCAAUCUAGCUCCCUUGCUCUACCCUGGAGUGAAGAGAAUCCGAGGUGCCUACAAAAUAUAUUCUUACACUGAUCAAGCACUUUAUGAAAAGACAAAAAGGAAGGUUGGUCUUGGUGAGGAAGCUGCCAGAAUUGCUAAUAACAUACUCAACCGUAGCACUGCAUCCCCGGGGCCAAAGAAAGGGGGUGGAGGAGGAAAAGACGAUAAAAAGGAGAAGGAUGCCAAGAAAGGGGGUCCCACACACCAGAGUUCUCGUCACUCAAGGCUCGAUGAUUCCAGGCAUUCAAAAGUCCCAGGAGAUGAAACGAGGAGAUCCAAUAGUAUAGCACAAACACAUGAUUCUGAGGACCAUGACACUCAUGCAAAGGACCAUCAUGAUCACAAGAAGACAUCACAGACUAUUAAAUCUGAUGCCGGCUCAGAGCAUGAAGCGCAAGCCCCAGUCAACCUUGAAGGUCAGCAGUAUGUGGAUUCUAAGUCAUACAUCAUGUUUGAGAUCUGUCUCACUAAACCUCUCAUCCCUAAACGACCCCCAGAGGAGCUUGCACGAAGAGUUGCAGAGUACAUUCCACCCAGACCACUGUUCCCAAAGAGAACUGAUGGUGCACAGAGGGCAGUGGAUGACUUUCACACACAAGUUUCUAGUGUAGCUGGACUUAUCCUGGAUGAGUUUAGGGAUAUGUUUGGGGAUGAUCUGAAGACUGAUGAAAACUUGUCACAGGAGGCCAUGGAAGCUAGACGUCAGAAGUUGAUCUAUGAGCUGAAUGCAUCAGGGAAAUAUUUUGCAUUUAAAGAACAGCUGAAGCACUCUGUUGUGAAGAUUGUCAGAGAAAAAUAUCUGAAAACUACAAAUUUUGAAGACAGACAAGAAUUACAGACAUUUUUGAGUGAGCUGUAUGUAUACUUGAUAGACCAGAUGCAUGAAUCUCUCACAAAGACGCUUUCCCUGGAGGACCAGGCACCAGUCCCAGCACCACUGACUGACUCUGAACAGCUCAAACAUUUUGCUAGAGAGGCAGAAGUCAAUGGUAACUUUGAACUGGCCACAAAAUAUUACCAAGAGCGUAUUGCAAGGAACAGAAAUGAUCCCAGCCACUGGUUUGACUAUGGAACUUUUUGUCUGUACAUCAAUGAUAUUACCAAGGCUGAAGAAUGUUUUAAAGAAUGUGUUGCAAUAGAUCAAAAGCAUUUACAUGGUUUGUUACUGUUUGGUGUGGUCUGUACGUUACAAGAGAAACACGAGGCAGCAGAAACAUUUUUUGAGGCGGCAACCUGUGUACAGCCAAAGAGUAUUUUAGCUUGGACAAUGCUGGGUUUAUUUUAUGAUGCUGUACAAAAUGAGAUUGGGGCCGAGAUGGCAUACAUAGAGGCUAACAAGCUAAACCAGCAGGCAGCAGUGAAUGCUGCACGAGCAUUGAAAGAGGAGGAGCUAGCCAAACAGAGGGUGGAGCAUAGUGAAAGUGAGGCUUCACACAAAGAUGAUCAGGGUGGUCUAGCCCCACCCACUAGCAAUACCCUAGUUCCAGAUAUAAAGCAGCCAACCCCGCCCUCUAGUGAGAGGGGGCAGGGCUCAGCUAGAUCUAGUGAAAAAGUGUCUUCAGGGAGACGGCCAUCCGCUUCCAAGAGGUCAUCGGCAGUUUCAGAGAAGUUGGAAUAUCAGAUAAUUGAGGGCGAGGGUGUGGAGGAGGGGGUAGCCAUAUCUGUGCUAUCCGAGAAACCCCCGUCAGCGGACAAGAGUCAUGUUUCACAUGGUGAUUCAAGGGAGACAAGCAAGACUGGACGUAACAAAUCUGACAGUAAUUUGUCCAGACCGAGUAGUGAAUAUCGCCGUGGAAGUGCGAGAGGUACACCACAGAUGGAAGAGGCAAGUGAAGAAACACCUCCUCGGGAACCAACCCCUGUACCCACCUCUAGUAUCUAUAUGCAGGCCAUUGAUUGGCUGCUAGAAGUAAAAGCUGUUCCAUUUACAGAACGAGCCUUGGCCCAUGAGUUACUGUCCCCUAUGGGAGGCCUCACUGCCCACUAUCACAUUGCUCUGGCUAGAGUGAAACUACAGAAGAGUGACCUAAAGGAAGCAGAAGAAAGCUUAAAUGAGGCCCUGCAGUUUGAUUAUCAGAAUCCCGAUGUUUGGGCGCUAAUGGGUCAUGUGAUGUACUUGUUAAAUGACACGACAGAGGCAAGAAGUUGUUAUGAAAGAACAAUAGAUUUUGUAGCAGAUGCAUCAGAAAUGCAUUCAGUAUAUCUCAGACUAGGAUCUAUUUACUUACGAGAUGAAAAGUUCCAAGAGGCUAAAAACACAUUCUUAAUGGCAUGUAAAAGAUCUCCUUCCUGUGUGUCAUGGCUCGGUGUUGGUAUGGCCUGUUACAGGCUUGGAGAAUUAGCGGAAGCAGAAGAUGCAUUAUCAGAAGCCAACAUAUUGAACAAUUCUGACCCCGAAGUUUGGGGUUAUCUUUCUCUGGUCUGUUUGAAAACUGGACGGCAAUUAGAGGCAGAGCAAGCCUAUAAAUAUGCAAUAAAGGUAAAUUUAGAAGAUACAGACUUACUGGAUGAAAUCAUUAGAACACAGCAAGAAGCUGGCUUCGGAAACCCUCAGUUUUAAAAAAUGUGAAAGACUGGAAGAACAAAAAACAAAAAACUUUAUUGGUGAAAUAAAUUUAUAUGAAUUAAAACAUUGAAAAUAUAGAUGAUGCAUGAUGUGGACGAAUUGUGUUAAAAUUAUUUAUAGAACUGGAAGCUUGUGAAUAUUUUAUCUAUGAAAAUAUCUGUGAUAUUUAGUUAUCAUACUAAUCUACAAUGCAUUUUAAGUUUGUUUAUAAAGUAUUAAAACUACAAUGUUUGAAAAAAGAAUACAAAAUUAAAUACACUACUUUUA